AUGGGUUCGUUUCUCUCGACGUUGAUGAACUGCCGGAACUCCAUAACAAUAACGCCGCACCCGUUCAUGGAUCAAAGCCGUGACCCGCAGAUGGUGACAGUGCCUGGCACAGAGACAGAAACGACGACCGCCGUUUACCGUCAGACCUCGACCAGUGACGAGGCGACGUACCAAAAACUUGUGAAGGAGUACGCCACCAACAAGAACUGCGUGCAGGUGAUGGAGGAGCGGUGCAGGCUGAUGGGCGCACGCCCCGCCCUCGCGUACCGCUCCAUUACAAAAAUAGAGAAGAGGCAGGUGCCCGACUCAGAUGGGACUCAACGUACACUCGACUACUACCACUUCAGCGAACGUUGCGAGGUGUCGUACGCGGAGAUGUGGCGCUACAUAAUAUCCUUUGGAUCAGGGCUGCGGGAGCUCGGAUUGGCGGAGCGAAGUCCCAUCACCAUCUACGAAGAGACCCGUUGGGAGUGGAUCAUAUCGAUAUUUGGCAUCUGGACCCACAACAUGUUGGCCACGACGGUAUACGCCAACCUUGGUGAAGAUGCGCUCGCGUACGCCCUCCUCGAGACGCAAUCCGCAGCUAUUAUUUGUAGCGGACGGGUGCUCAAUACACUGAUCCCGCUACUGCAGGAUCAAAAACUGAACCCAAUCAUCAUAUAUCUCGAUAGCACCCCGGCCGGUAUUGACACAGAGGGAUUCCGCGUAGUGGCAUGGAAUGACGUGGUGAAACGUGGCGAGGCGGCUAAAUGUCCCGCGAACAUUCCCACUGACAACGACUUAGAGGGCCUCGUCAUGUACACGAGCGGUACUACGGGGAAUCCAAAGGGUGUUGUGCACUCACAUGGUUCUGUUGUUGCGGGCAUUAGGGCCCUUGAUCAUCGUCUGAGCGACAUCUACACGAUCAAUGCCGAGGAUGAGGUCUACUGUGCCUAUCUGCCUCUUGCGCAUAUUCUCGAAUUUGGCAUUGUGAACCUCUUCCUGAUGCGAGGCAGCAUGGUGGGCUUUGGCAACCCCCGCACCCUCACCGAUGACCACGCUGUCCCACACGGUGACUUCCAGGAGUACAAACCAAUGAUUAUUAUUGGCGUACCGCGCAUAUUUGAUACCAUUAAGAAGGGUGUGGAGAAAAAAUUGCCACCGCCAGGUUCGGUCAAACGGAGCGUGUUUGAUAAGGCAUACAACACCCGCCUGGACGCCAUCAUGAACGGCAAGGAAACGCCCUACUGGAACAGAGUUGUGUUUAAGGAUGGCCGCCAGGCAAUUGGCGGACGGAUCUACUCCAUGCUCUCAGGCGGUGGGCCGCUCAGUAAGGAGACACAGCAGUUCGUUGACGUCUGUUUUGGUGGUCCGAUUCUGAUUCAGGGCUGGGGCCUCACUGAGACCGUCUGCUGUGGCACAACGCAGCGUCUCUCCUACAUUGAAAUGGACGACGUGGGCCAACCGCUCGCAUCAGCAGAGCUGCGACUCCUUGACGUGGAGGGGUACAAGCACACCGAUAAGCCGGAACCGCGUGGUGAGAUUUUGAUCCGUGGCCCAUUCCUCUUCAAGGGAUACUACAAGCAAGAGCAGCUCACACGCGAUGCCAUUGACGCCGAUGGGUGGUUUCACACGGGAGAUGUUGGCAGCAUAGGGCCCAACGGUACACUACGCGUCAUUGGCCGUGUAAAGGCAUUGGCAAAGAAUGUGCUGGGCGAGUACAUUGCCAUGGAGGCGUUGGAGUCGAUCUAUGGCCAGAACAGCUUGUGUACUGUUUGUGGUGUCUGUGUGCUUGUGCAUCCUGCCCGUACGUAUGUCACUGCUCUGGUUCUUACGGGAUCCACUCAAGCACUCGAAUUCGCAAAAGAUCACGGCAUUGAUGGGACCUAUGAGGAGUUGUUGCAGAAUCCAACAUUCCAUGCGAAGGCGGCAGAGUCGUUGGCGGAAACUGCUAAACGCGCUGGGCGCAAGCCGUUUGAAUUGGUUAAGGCCGUCCGCGUUUUGGAUGACGUGUGGACGCCAGAGAAUGGCCUGGCGACGCCCACUGCGAAACUACGCCGCUCCAAGAUUGAGGAACACUAUGCUGAUGUGAUUACGGAGUUGUUUGCAAAGCAGUGA